AUGGUUCAAGAGCAUGAUGAUGAUGAUCAUUCACUUUUAAGAAUCAAUAAUAAUGAUAGUUAUGAUAAUGAAGUAAAUAUAUCUACAAGUAUUAGUAGUUCUUACUCUAUUAAUUCACAACUACAAGAGGUAGUGGAACAUUAUUCAGAUAGUUUUGAUGGUGAUAUCAUUUGUACAGAGUUAAAUGACGGUGGUGGUGGUGGUGGUGCAGUCAUAUUGAAAUCAAUAACAUCAAAGGAAUCGACAUUACUCAAUAAGAGUGGUGAGAAGAUACUACUCACAGAGAAACAACCAACAAGCAAGCAGAAAGAGAAUAUCAAAAAGAAGAUAUUGGUUAUUAUUUUAAUUUGUAAUUUGGCAUUUCCAUUGUAUUUGGCAUACAAUUCACCCAAUAGUCUAGUAAAGGUAUUCGACAAACAUUACAAUAUGGAUUCAUCACAAUUCUCAAAACUCUAUACUGUUUAUGCGCUUCCCAAUCUUUUCAUGGUUAUACUUGGUGGUAUUUUAGUUGACCUUUUCGGACCAAAUAAAUGUAGUUUAGUAUUUCAAACAAUUUUAUUUCUUUCUACAGUUUUAACAGCAAUUUCCGUUUCUAACGCAAGUUACGGGUUGCUUUUAUUUUCAAAGGUUUUAUUGGGUAUUGGAGGUGAAACCAUUCUCGUUUGCAUCAGUGCGUUCAUUGCAAAAUGGUUUUCAGCAAACGAUGUUCCUUUUGUACUUGGAUUAGAAUCAUCUUGGGUACAAAUUGCAAGUUUAAUGUCAUUUGCAGUGUUACCAUCAUUAUAUAAUGCAAGUAAUUUACAAUUCACAAUGUGGUUUAUUACCAUAGUUUCUAUUAUUGCUUUAGUUUCCAAUUUUGUAUUUGUUAUAUUUCAAAAGCGUUUGAAAUUCAGAGAUGAAGUUUAUGUUUCAGUUGGUGAUGAUAUUGAAAAUGAAAAAGUUAAUCAAACAAACAAUAUAAAUAACGAAAGAGAUAAUGAAAAGGAUGAUGAGGAGUUGGCUAAACAAAAAGAGUUGGAAUCAAUGACAAAGACAGAGAGAUUGGUUUACGAAUUGAAACACGCAAUCAUUUUAAUGAAGUUGAUACCAAAGAAGAUGUGGAUCUUGGCUGGCAUUUCAUUUUUCGGUUAUAAUACAUUCUAUGGAUUGGAUAUCUUUGUCACCGAUAUGAUUGCCGAAAAGUAUAAUUACGACAAUAAGAAAGCAUCGAUGGUCAUGGCCUAUGAGACAAUGGUAAACGGUGUAAUGAGCCCAAUAUUCGGUUAUCUAGUGAAACGUUUUGAAAUGCGUGCAACUGCUUGUGGUAUUGGUAUUUUCUUUAUGGGAUUGGGUGUAGCUCUUUUAAAUCUAACAAACAAUGUCCCAUAUCCAUGGGUAAUUAUAAGUGGAUUAGGAUAUGGAUUAAUGAAUAACUCUAUUAUGUCAUCAAUUCCAAUCAUUGUCGAAGAAAAAAUCAUUGGUUCAUCUUAUGGUUUAGUUGGAACUGCAUAUAAUGUUGGUAUUUUUGUAUUCCCAUAUCUAUUAGGUUCAAUUAGAACGAAAUUAGGAAAUUAUGAUGUUUCAAUGUGGGUUUUAGUUUUGAGUGCAGUGGUUGCAUUGUUACUACUAGGUUGGUUAAAACUCAUCGAUAUGAAAGAAACGGAUAAUUCAAAAAGAUUGGACAAGAAAAGAUCAUAA